CCAGAGAAAGAUAGAGACAGCCAGAGAGACGGUGAAAGAGAGAGCAACAAGUUUGCCAGUGGAAAUUUUAGUAACGAAAUGCAGUGAAUACCAGUGAAUCCAGUGAAUGCAACAAACUGGCUUCAAAAACCAAAAUAAAACAAAAACAAAAUCGAAAACUAUUCCAGAAAAAAAAACAGACCAUUAUGAACACAAAGGCAACCGAGGCAGUGAAACAAAACAACUGAGUGAAUCUAGUUAAACAUUUCGAAAAGUCAAAAACCAAAACAGCAACAAGUGAAAGAGCCAGAAGGAGAGGGCCAGAGUCGCUGGGCCGCGAGUGCGAACGAGAUAGCAACAGAGAGCAGAGCAGCCGAGACUUUCGCAUCUGAUUUUGCAUGCCGAGAGAUACAGCUACGCUAGAGGCAAAGCUACAGAUACAGUAGCUACAAGAUAGAUCUACAGCCUGAGAAAAAAUUAAAAUAUCUGGGAAAUAUUAUAACUGCUCAGAAAUGGAGUACGAGAAAAUGCUGUACAUGCCAGCGAGUGAGAUGCCGCACAGUCCGCAGCUGAAGCCACACCAGUUCCAGGCCCAGACGCCGCCGGAUCAGUACUCAGCCUAUGCGGACAACUUUGACCUGUCGCUGCUGCCGCAGGAGUCAUCAGCCCCCGCCCCCAUUCCCACCACCGUCUUCCAGUACAACGCCCCCCAGAUCAAGGUCGAGUGCGCCUGGGAGAGUCAGCCGCUGCAGCAGCAGCAACCCACGGCUCCGUAUACCAUCCCCUCCAGCCACCAGCUGAUCCCGCCGCCCGCCUACCCCCACAGUGCCUACCCCUCGCCACAGUCCAGUCCGCUGCAGUCGGAGUUCGCGGCCUACGGAUUUGGGAGAUACGGAGGCAGCUACGAUAGCCUAAACAGCCCUUCGCCCUCCCUGGAGGCGGUGAGCAUCAAGCAGGAGCUGCACAUCCUGCCUCCCUCGCCACCGGAGUCCAACUGCGAGACACCCUCGCCGCGCUCCUCCUGCGGCGAGAGCAUCAAGGCGGAGCCCUUGGAUGCGGACAUCGAGAGCCUCAUCGACCUGAACUCCCUGCUGCAGCAGCAGAAUCUCCAGGACACCAAGCCGGAUCAUCAGCUGCUGAGGGAGUGCCUCGAGGACACCAGCUUCCAGAAGCGACACAACCUGAAGCCACUGGCUCUGGAAUCCUUCAUCGGUGGCUUGGCCGAGGUGCGCGGUGAUUUCGAGCCCGUCAUUUCGCUGGCUCUGGAGCAUGCCAAACGAGAGGCGGACGCCAUUUGCGCGGAGCUGCAGAUAUCGCAGGAUCCCAAUGGCUGGUCGCCCGCCCAAGUACACGCAUGGCUACGAUCCACCUUGGCCCAGUUUAGAUUGCCACCGGUGGCCGAUUUGGAGCUGCACUUCUGCGAAGAUGGGGCCGCUCUGACAUUACUCAGCGAGGAGGAAUUCGUGCGCCGACUACCAGAGAGCGGGAGCACGCUGCACGCCCAGUUGGAGAUUUGGAAGAUGGCCUACGCCGACCAGCCCCAUCAAAAUCAGCUGGAUCAGCCCCAUUCGCAUUCGCAGUCUGCUGCCGCCGAUCUCUGGCCAGCCAGCUAUGCGAUGCCCAAUUUGGACCUCGACUACAACGAGGACAGCGAAGAUGACGACGACAUGGACACAGAUGCAGUGGUAGUUACACCUCUGACCAGCAGCUCCACUUCGCCGCCCGCCACAGCCACGCCCUCGAACGGCGGUACAGCCACGGCAAAACGCCCGAAUGGAGGGAGGACUGGAGGAGGUGGCUCCCACAUCCACCUGUGGCAGUUCCUUAAGGAGCUGCUGGCCAAUCCCCAAGUAAACGGCACGGCCAUCCGGUGGAUCGAUCGCAGCAAGGGCAUCUUCAAGAUCGAGGACUCGGUGCGGGUGGCCAAGUUGUGGGGUCGUCGCAAGAACCGGCCGGCGAUGAACUACGACAAGCUGUCUAGAUCCAUCAGGCAGUACUACAAGAAGGGCAUCAUGAAGAAGACAGAGCGGUCGCAGCGGCUGGUCUAUCAGUUCUGCCAUCCCUACAGGCAGUAAUGGAGGAUAUCGCAAAUCGAAUAUAAUUUAUUGCUAGUUGUAAGUGGUGAACAGCCGACCAACCGACCCACCUGAUCCGCUGACUAUGCUCGACUAGCCUUGUGGGCCUAGCGAGUCUUAGUUUCAGUCCUUUUGUAUAUAGAUCACCCACAAUCUUGUUAGGCACGAAGGUAAGUUCGUGCAUCGAUUAAGUUUGGCUCUAGAUUUUAGGCUAAAACCCCUGACCUUCGGCGAAGGUAAGUUCGUCGGGGCAAAUGGGUUUUAAGUGACCCCCCCAAAAGUUUCACCAAUCGUAGAUCAGCAGCUGCGCAUGUUUGACUUACCGGCGACAUCUUUAUUCAACUGCUGUCAGUCCGUGCGAAGGAUAAUUGCUCUCGAGGACGAGGUCCUGUGGCUGGGAGAGAUACAACCUCUGGAGCUGUG